UACAUCUUGGUUGUUUGGCUAUGGUCACUAAUUCUCUGUUGUUCCACUCUAUUCGAAAUAGAAUACGUUUCAUCUUAUCCACCAACUCGACCCUGCAGAUGGCUGUUGCUUUGGGGAAAACAACGCGCAUUAGUGGGGAUAAUUCAAGUCCUCUUCAAAAUGGUUCUUCCAAGUUUGCUUAUGCUGGUUUUGUUCAUUCACAUGGUGUACAAGACCAGCAAAUCUGAUGUAGCCUCAGCAGAAAGCAGGGCGAAACUGCGCGGGAAAAUGACGCGAAUGAUCGGCUUCGCUUGUUUUAUGCUGAUCAUUUGUUUUGCGCCCAGUCAGACAAACUUCGCGUUGGCCAUGGCGGGAAUAACGCGUCUGGAUUCCAAACUACACCACGUCCUGUCCCUCCUGGUUUUUAUCAACAGCUGCUUGAAUCCGUUCAUAUAUGGGAUGAGUAACCAGAAUUAUCGCCGUGGCUACCAAAAGAUCUUUGGUUCUCUCAUGUGUUGCCGAAAAUUGAAUAGCAGCGGUAACAUGAUUACCCCAGGCUCGUGUAAAAGUGGAAGUACCGAGCAUGAAAACGCGCAUGAAAAUGGCGGAGAAAGCUGCUUUUACUUGUCUGAGAGGGACACUUAAUCGGCGGAAGCAGAUAGUUGGUACUCUUAAACUCGGGAAUGAUAAUAAUAAUCAUAAUAAUAAUAAUAAUAAUAAUAAUAAUAAUAAUAACCAUAAUAGUAAAGGCGAAAAAAUUUUAUUGACAACAAUGCUAACUAUUAAAAUCCUAUUUACAAUUAAUUCGCUUGAAAAAAGAAAAAACUAUUCAUUCAAAACACUAUUUACAAUUCCUGUCGAUUUAAAAAGCACGUAAUUUAGCUUAAAAAGAGUUAGUUUAACAAUAAUAAUAAUAGUAAUAACAAUAAUAAUAAUAACAAUAACAAUAAUAUAAAUAAUAAACUUCAUGGGCAGUUUAGGAGGAACACAGCAGAAGAAAGCGAUCAAAAGACGUGGGAGUCGCUGAAAAAGGACAAACUAAAGAAGGAAAAGGAGGGUAUGAUUAUGGCAGCCUAAGACUAAGCAUUAAGAACUUUAGUACCAAAAGGACAUUUGGCAAACAAAAUGUGUCUGCAAAGCGUAUGAUGUGCGCGCGGAGAAACUGAUAAGACAGUUAUCCAUAUAAAAUCGAUAUUGGAUCGGAGGCACGACAAGAUGGCGCAGGCGGGUCAGUCGGAGCUAUGUGGAGAGCUGGGUUAUGACAGGCCUAGGGAUGAAAAAUAUUACAACUCCAUGAGCCAACAUCCACUACCAACAAGCUGCAGUGGGACUUCAAAAUACACACAACACAACAAGACUGACAUUGUGGUAUUGGAUAAGAUUGAACAGAAGUGCCUGAUUAUUGAUAUUACUUGUCCAUUUUACAUCCUAGGGAAAGACAGAGAGAGAGAAUAUUUAGAACUACCAAGACCUAAAGCAGGAGUUGAAACGGAUAUGGAAAUUGCGCAGCCGGUAACUGUGGUUCCAGUCAUAACUGGUGCAUUAUGAACUGUCUCGAAAGACAUAGAAAAGUGUUUCGCAGAGACUGGUGUCACAUGUCGUUUAGAAUCAUUGCAGACAGCAUGCUUACUGGGUAGAGCCAGAAUCCUUCGCAAAAUUUUGGACACAUAAGGUCACGGGCGGUGACUUGUUGUUUAAGGAAGACUCCAGCAAAACAUUCAGAAGCUGUGUUUAAUGAGGAUAAUAAAAAAAGUAAUAAUAAUAAUAAUAAUAAUAAUAAUAAUAAUAACAAUAAUAAUAGCAAUAGUAAUAAUAAUAAUAAUAAUAAUAAUAAUAAUAAUAAUAAUAAUGAUAGAAAACAUCAAGAAAGUAUCAGAAAGAGCUACUGUGACAGAGAUCCAAAAGAUCUGCAUGCUGGGAUCUGCACGAAUCCUCAAGAAGGUGCUUAGUGUAUGA